GAUCGGAGUCACGCGACCAAGGACUAGGUGGCAGCGGCAGCGCGCAUGGACGCUGUGUAACUCGCCAGCAUAACGUGACGGGGCUGGAGUACAGAGAGCACCUGGCAACUGUCGGGGUGUACGACGGGCUGUUCCACGAGUCGAUAUGAGUUUCCUUGGAGGCUUGUUCACCCCCGUUUGUGAGGUGGAUAUUAUCCUUAACGAUGCUGAAACAAGAAAGACUGCAGAGAUAAAGACAGAAGAUGGCAAAGUGGAGAAGCAUUACUUGUUCUAUGAUGGAGAGUCUGUAGCAGGAAAGGUAAAUUUGUCUUUCAGACAGCAGGGAAAGAGACUAGAACAUCAGGGAAUUCGGAUUGAAUUUGUAGGACAGAUUGAAUUGUUUGGUGACAAAAGUAAUACACAUGAAUUUGUGAAUCUGGUGAAAGAGCUAGCAUUACCUGGUGAGCUGACGCAAAACAGAAGUUAUGAUUUUGAGUUCAUGCAAGUGGAAAAGCCUUAUGAAUCCUACAUCGGUGCCAAUGUCCGAUUAAGGUAUUUUCUUAAGGUCACAAUAGUGAGGAGACUUUCAGAUUUGGUAAAGGAAUAUGACCUCAUAGUUCAUCAGCUUGCCACCUACCCAGAUGUUAACAACUCUAUUAAAAUGGAAGUGGGCAUUGAGGACUGCCUGCACAUUGAGUUUGAAUACAACAAAUCAAAGUACCACUUGAAGGAUGUGAUUGUUGGCAAAAUCUACUUCUUGUUAGUACGAAUCAAAAUCCAGCACAUGGAGUUGCAGUUAAUAAAGAAGGAGAUCACAGGAAUAGGGCCUAGUACAACAACAGAAACAGAAACGAUUGCCAAGUAUGAGAUCAUGGAUGGUGCCCCAGUAAAAGGUGAAUCAAUUCCCAUACGACUGUUCCUGGCAGGGUACGACCCUACUCCUACAAUGAGAGAUGUAAACAAAAAGUUUUCUGUGCGAUAUUUCCUUAACCUGGUGCUCGUUGAUGAAGAGGACAGGCGGUAUUUUAAGCAACAGGAGAUUAUCUUAUGGCGAAAAGCACCAGAAAAGUUGAGAAAACGUAGCAAUUUCCAUCAUCAGCGGUAUGAAUCCCCUGAGCAGACACCCGUGUCAGCUGAAAAACCUGAAAUGUAAGGACGAAAGUCAGCUUUGUAAGCUUCCAGUCAGCUCUAAACGUGACGGCAUGGCUGUAAGAGAGAGAGAGUAAAAAUGGCCUACCUGAUGAUGACUUGUAGCUUUUACAGCACUGCAGUUGUUACUGUUCAACUUAAACAUUCUGCAAUCAAGUACAGUAAGCAAGAUAAAGGAGAAAAAUCACUUCCCAAAACACUGCAGUUUUGCAAGCAGUUUCGUACCAUGGAUUUCAGUUUUAAAUGGUACUGAGCACUUCCAAUACUUUUUAAAAUUAGCAAACAUUUCCAUUUAGUUCCCACAGUUAUAAACUGGAUUAUUUAUAUACAUAUAUAAUUUUUAUAUAAAUUUAAGAUUUUGUUUGUAUUGCCAUGCUGUAGAACCUGUAUGUUUUCUCCUUCUUUAUGUGCCAUAAUCAUUUUUAAUUACGCAAUGCCAUGAAGUUGUACUGGGAGCAGAUCAUUUGGAUGUGUCCCUGCAUACCAACUGUCUUUUUUAACAGUUUUAAAGUUGUGUAAACUUUUCAGAGCAUUUGUUGUAAAACUGUAAGCAGAUGAUAUGGCCUUUUGAAAGAAAAAAAAUAUCUUUAUUUUAAUUUCUUGGAGUGUUGGGCGAGACACCUUAAGUAACUGGUACAUUUUUGGGAAGAUGGAGUUGUUUACUGCCACAUUGUUUAUUCAUACAUACAGGCAGCAGCUGCAGUUUAAUAGGCCCGGUACUGGCCAGUGCAUGGCAGUGUUGGAAAGGUAUCAUCAUACUUUUGUGCAUUUACAGUUAAUCUGUUUUCACUCCGUCUGCUGCUGCUGUUCUGGUUUUGGCAGCACUUUACAUUCUGCUAUUAUGAGUGGUAUGUUCUCCAGUGGUGGUGGAGUGAAUUGCCAGGUGGGGAGUAAUUGGUGCUGGUCUGUGUUGUGCGUUAUUGUUGAAACAGGACAUGGCUUGUUCCACACUUGUACCAGCAGAAAUUCAGGGUGUGCAAAAAUCGCCUAAAGGGACCUUAGAGCUGCUAUUUGUAGGAGCUGCUUCUACUAAGACAGGCCAGAUUUGUUGGAUGGUACAUUGUUGCCCAAGGUGAAAUAAGCAGUGGCAAAAAUCAUAUGUUUUUCUGUAAGCCCCAAUUCGGCCCUUUUGUAUGUCAACUGCAGGGUAAAAUUUUCUUUAACUGCUACUGUUCAAGUCAGUUUGAAAUGCACUCAACAUUUCAGAUUUUAGAGAAAAGUUUCACUGGUUUUAUAGUUCACUUUCCCCAAGCUAAAGGCAUGCAGUUAAGUAACUCAGCAAACAUCUGAAUUGCCUGUUAACGUUUGUAUAGUGAGUAAACUGCCCAUUUGUGUGUGUUGUGUCUGUUGGGGACUGAGGCACAUCAUGUAAUGGACUGGUGUCCUGUCCUGCGGUGGUUCACUGCCUUAUGCUCUUGCUCACUAAAUGUCAGGAUUGGCUUUGUCUUUCCUGUGAUCCUGAAUGAUGUAAACUGGAUGUUGCCAAGUGAAUGACUGUUUCAUUGUAUUGUUUAGGGGAGGGGUCUUAAAAUGUAGGUGUUUGUCAGGGAAAGGAAAUGAAAAGAUUUCUUUCCAUAAAAGUGCCUGCAGAAAAGAAAAUGUCACUUUUCCUGGUCACUUGCAUGCCGUAGACUAAAAUUGUCUCCAAAGGAUAUUUUGAAAGUAUUUGAGUUGUAUAUAACCUGUCAAAUUAUUAGAAGUCUAUAAUAAAAUACUUGAAACCUAA